AUGGAUGAACCGACCGACCCUAGGCUUAAAAACCCUGCUAUGUUCCAAAGCCCUAGGAAGACAACUGAGGAGGAAAGUAGACCCAAGGAUAAACCGAGUGAUCCGAAAGAGCAAAAGGACAAGGAAGGCGAGACGGAGGAGAAAGAAGCGCCAUACAUACCUCCACCACCUUAUAAACCACCUAUCCCGUACCCUCAAAGACUCGAGAAAUCUAAAAACAUAGGGCAAUUUAAGAAAUUUGUCGAACUUCUUAAACAAUUGAACAUCACAAUUCCGUUUACAGAAGCCAUUACCCAAAUGCCCUCGUAUGCUAAGUUCCUAAAAGAAAUCUUAUCGAAUAAAAAGAAAUUAGAAGACAAUGAGACCGUAACACUCACUGCUGAAUGUAGUGCCAUAAUUCAAAAUAAAAUGCCACCUAAGCUGAAAGAGCCAGGAAGUUUCUCCAUACCCUGCAAUAUAGGAAAAUUUUUCAUAGACAAAGCUUUAUGCGACUUAGGAGCUAGUAUUAGCCUAAUGCCUUUGUCCAUUUGCGAGAAACUAAACAUGGGAGAUCUAAGACCAACCAAGAUGUCAGUACAACUUGCAGACCAAUCUGUCAAGUAUCUUGUAGGUGUUCUUGAGAAUGUACCCGUCCGCAUCGGACAAUUCUACAUCCCUACGGAUUUCAUAAUUAUGGACAUAAAAGAAGACGUCAAUACUCCUAUAAUCUUAGGAAGACCUUUUCUAGCUACCGCAGGAGCCAUUAUAGACGUAAAGAAAGGCAAGCUGACAUUCGAAGUAGGUGAGGAGAAGGUUGAGUUUAUUCUAACACAAUUCCUUCAAGCCCCAGCUAUAAAAGAUACAUGGUAUCUGGUGGAUGUUAUUGAUGAAUGUAUAAGAGAGAUAGGAUUAUCGGAGGAAUCGUACUCUGAAGUUAUAAGUAUUUCGAUGCCCCUGAUUUUCGAAGAUGACAAUUGGCGUCUGGUAUAUCGAGACGAUAGUUUAAGCGAAUGCUUAGCCUUAACACCCAACCCUAUGCCUUGCCCAAAGAAACCAACCUUGGACCUUAAACCAUUGCCCAAGACUCUUAGGUAUGAAUAUCUAGACGAUGAGCUCAAAAGACCAGUAAUAGUCAACACAGAGCUAGGAGCCACAGAGACGGAGAACCUAUUACAAGUUUUAAGAAAGUAUCCAUCUGCAUUAGGAUAUAACAUUGCUGAUCUGAAAGGAAUAAGUCCUUCCAUAUGUAUGCAUUGCAUCAUGUUGGAAGAAGAUUGCAAAACCUCUAGGGAGCAUCAAAGAAGGAUUAACCCUAUCCUGAGCACAGUAGUUAAAGAUGAAGUUACCAAACUUCUGAAUGCUGGAAUCAUAUAUCCAAUCUCUGAUAGUCAGUGGGUAAGUCCGGUCCAUUGUGCGCCAAAGAAGGGAGGCAUAACAGUUACCAUAAACAAGUCUGGCGAAUCUAUAGCCGAGAGAAAGAGAUACAUGAUGUCAAUUUUCGCCGAUUACAUAGACAACAUCAUGGAAGUCUUUAUGGACGACUUCUCUGUGUGUGGGGAAGAUUUCGAAGGAUGCCUCUCAAAUCUAGAAAAAGUGUUGGACAGAAGUGUACAAGUUAACCUCGUCCUAAAUUGGGAAAAGUGUCACUUCAUGGUUAAACAAGGGAUUGUACUUGGACACGUAGUCUCCGAAAGAGGAAUAGAAGUCGAUAAAGCAAAGAUCGAAGUAAUAGAAAACCUCCAACCCCCAAAAAUAGUUAGAGAAAUAAGAAGCUUCUUAGGCCAUGCAAGUAGGACCUUAGACCCUGCGCAAAUGAACUACGCCACAACUGAAAAGGAACUUCUGGCCGUGGUCUUCGCGUUAGAUAAGUUUCGUUCCUAUCUGAUAUAA